AUGAGUGGAAAAAACGGCAGCAGCGGUGGAGGAAAGAGCGGUGGCGGUGGAGGAAAGAGCAGUGGCGGUAGCGGUAGCAGCGGUGGUGGAAAGAGCGGAGGCGGUGGAGGAGGUAAUAAUAUGGUAGCACCGGGGUCCAAAGGUAGUGCUUUCAUCUCAAGAGGUGGAUUCGAGAGUAACCCUCAAGGCUACUUUAGUAACUUGCAUGGCAGUGGACAGAGCAAGAAGUGA